AUGAAGAGGUCGGACGCACUGGUAUCCAUGAGCGCACUCAUCGUGGUAGUCCUGAUCUUCACGUCCACAAACAUCAUUCCUUUAGACUCCUUGGCCUUAAUUGAAUUAAGGAUUCGCAGCGAACCCAACCGCACCUCCUCUCACGGCUUAUCUUCUUUGCAUAGGGUCGCCAGCUUGCCUCUCUUAGGACACUCCCGAGUCAUGUGUGGCCAGUCGCAAAAGAAGAACUUAAAGGUGUGUACCUUCUGUUGUCUCCAACUGCUUGACUCCAAUUGGGCUCUAGGUGGUGCCUGUGUUGGCUUGCCUCCAUUCGGGCGUUUGUAUUUGUUCCGGUCUCCCCCACCAUUAGCCCUAUCCAUCGGACGAAAGUCAGGUUUGGCUGUAAACGAAACUUUAGGUUCCUUUAAGAACUCCGCCACGGAAGUGGCCGUCGUGAGAUCUCUCACGUUGCACCGUUUGAGCUCUUGUUUGGCCCACGGCUUGAGGCCACUCAUGAACUGGUGGUACGCCUCCGUGUCAUUCAUUGACGAUAUUUGGAGUAGCAACUUUGAGAACCGCUUCACAUACUCACGUAUGAUGCAUAGUAAUCACUCCAUUCACGCGUGCUGCUUCUACCUUCGCGAGCUUUCCCUUGAGCUUGGUGAUCUCAGCGCGCAUGGCCGCUAUCGCGGCCUCCCAAGUCUCAUCUCGUUGCUGCAGCUUGUGAGUCACGGGCCCCAGCACCUCAUCGCGGAGCUCUCCCAUGUCGGCUUUGAGCUCUUGCAUCUCGGCCAAGAGCUCCUCCCUUUCGGUCUCCACUCCUUCGACGAUCUGAAUCCAACAAAUGGAAAGGGAGAAAAAGAGAGACAAAUAGGAACAACUCGCAAGAAUCUCUAUGCAUUAGCUGAACAGUCUUUCUCAAGAACAUUUCUCAAGGCCUGCCGUGACGACGACGUCGUGAGAGGCAACGGGUUUGGUGGUCCGUGGUGGAGGAGGGUGCUGGUAAUCAGCAAAUUCUACACAACUAAAGAGAAUUCCAGAAGCAUAGAAAACCUGAAUCCUUCCAUCAGCAUUCCACUCCGUUUCACCGUGACGGACGACGACGAUUUCGGCAUAGUCAGCGCCGAUCGGAACCGAUUGAGCAGCGCCGUUGCAAUCCAAACCAGCAGCAACGCUGACAGACGUUGUGUUUUCAAUCUUCUUAAGCCGAGCUUCUCAGUCAUGUCCAUGGCAAGAAGUGGAUCUCCAAGUGGGAAGAUAGUGACGGUCCUGAGCAUUGAUGGAGGCGGUGUGAGAGGGAUUAUUCCCGGCACGAUCCUUGCCUUUCUCGAAUCCAAGCUUCAAGAACUGGACGGACCGGAUUCGAGAAUUGCAGAUUACUUUGACAUUAUUGCAGGGACAAGCACGGGUGGAUUGGUGACGGCCAUGAUUUCAGCACCAAAUAAGGACCAUCGUCCAAUGUUUGCAGCUUGUGACAUUAAUAAAUUUUACUUAGAGCAUUGUCCCGAAAUAUUUCCACAGAAAAAUCGCAAUGACUUGAUGAGUUCAAUAAUAAGCUCGGUGGACGCAAUCACGGGGCCAAAGUAUGACGGUGAGAAGUUGCGAUCCAUAGUCAACGGCUUGCUCGGAGACAACACUCUCAGUCAAACCUUGACCAAUGUCAUCGUCCCGGCUUUCGACAUCAAGCGUCUCCAACCGGUCAUCUUCUCUACCAACGACGCAAGAGCGAAUCCUCUAAAGAAUGCGCGGUUGGUGGAUGUUUGCAUUGGCACCUCUGCAGCUCCGACGUACCUCCCGGCGCACUGCUUCAAGACUAGAGACAAGAACGGGAAGACUCGUAGCUUCGAUCUCAUUGACGGUGGGGUCGCCGCAAAUAAUCCUACCCUAGUUGCUCUGAGCCACAUUAGGAGAGAGAGCCUCUUGCAAAACGAAGAGUUCAAGAACAUAAAUCUAAGAGAGACCGAUCAAAUACUAGUGCUAUCACUUGGUACUGGUGUGGCCAAGUAUGAAGAGAAGUAUAGUGCAACCGAGGCUUCUAGAUGGGGACUCAUCAAUUGGAUCUUUCACAAUGGUUUCACUCCGUUAGUUGAUAUCUUCAGUGAUGCGAGCUCCGAUAUGGUCGAUAUUCACUUGUCAACUCUCUUCCAGUUCUUACAUUGCAAAUACAAUUACCUCCGGAUUCAGGCUGACACCUUGACCGGAGAAGAAUCAUCAGUUGAUGUUGCGACCCCGGAGAAUCUACAGAGGCUCAUGGAAAUAGGGCAGAUGCUAUUGCAGAAACCGGUGUCGAGGGUAAACUUGGAGACUGGUAGGUUUGAAGAGAUUGAAGGAGAAGGCACCAAUGGAGAUGCGCUUAGUCGCUUUGCAAUUCGUCUCUCUGAAGAAAGGAAGAGGCGAAACAAGUAG